AUGGUCUGCAUCCAACUCCUCACUGUUACCUUGGGCCUUGCACUUGGUGCUCAAGCCGCCAACGCCGCCCUCUCUGCAACGGUUUCAUCCCAUACUGGUUCACUGUGGGAAACAGCGUGGCCCAUGAUGCAAGCCCAGAUGCCCGGCAUCGACUGCAAACUGUCGUCCACCGGGUGGAACACAACUGCCAAGAAGCAUGACUCCUGCGACUACAUUGAGAGCAAGCUCCUGAAAAUCUUCCCUGGUAUCCAUUGCACCGGUCAGCUCGACGAAGCCGCCCUUCUCAAAAGCCUCGAAAACAUCCCCGUUGCCGCCGUCCAGCGCCGCGAGACUGCGCUUGAACGCCGAAGCACGGCCAUCGAUGCCGCAAUCGACAGGGAUCUCAAGUCUAAAGAGCGGCAGAUCAAUCAGCAAAAGGUUAAUUUUAUUCAGGGUUGCAAGGACGCUCCCCAUCCUGGAAACUGCUACACAUGUGUUGCUGCUGCUGUUGGUCAAGCCCUGGGAAAUGGAAGCAAGUGUGUCGUAGCAGCACAUAUUGCUUUGAAAGCCCUAAAUGCCAGACAGGGUCCCCGAACCAAAGUACCAUUCAGCCAACCACCAUCCCCAUCGACGAGUACUGCAAUGGCCUCUACGUGCAUUUUCUGCAAGAUCAUCAAGGGGGACAUCCCCUCGAUGAAGAUCUACGAGAGCAUGAAGACGCUUGCGUUCCUUGAUAUCGGACCAUUGAGCAAGGGACACUCUCUCAUCAUCCCCAAAUUUCACGGUGCGAAGCUCCACGACAUACCUGAUGACCAGCUCGCCGAAGUCCUAUCCGUUACAAAGCGCAUCGCCAUGGCCCAAAACCUCGAGGACUACAACAUCCUACAGAACAAUGGCAGGAUCGCACAUCAGGAAGUGGACCAUGUGCAUUUCCACUUGAUCCCGAAACCGAAUAAGGAGGAAGGACUGGGCAUCGAUUGGCCGACAAAGAAGAUGGAACAUGAAGAGCUGAGCAAGUUGUUGGAGGAUAUCAAGAGUAAGAUGUAGGGAACAUCAGUCAUGUAUCAUAUGACCAUGUCUAUAGCACAGCAUCUCGCUUAGCUAGAAUCUCAUCCGGCACUACCAGUCCUAUCUUCCAUUACUCUCCUUUGAAGACAGGUUUUCGCUUCUCUCUAAAAGCAAGUAAUGCCUCAUCCCGAUCCUUGGUCUUGACUACAAUAUCGUAUGCAGCGUUCUCCGCCUGCUCUCCCAAUGCGCACCCCUCCACGGCCGCCAGCGCAGCCUUGAUAGCUAUCGGACCACCUUCGCAUAUCUCUCUUGCUAACCUUAUCGCCUCGUCCAGCACCUUCUUCCGCGGCGCGCCUUCCUGCUUUGCAUCAUCGGCGGUUAUCUCGACCAAGCGGUCGCACAAGCCGAGGAAGUAAGCCUCUGGCGCAGCCACGCGUCGACCUGUGAGGAUCAAGUCUCUUGCGCGAGCGAGACCAAUCAGGGCAGGCAGACGAUAUGUUCCUCCUGCGCCAGGAAGAAUUGCAAGUCGUGUUUCGGGAAGGGCGACGGUAGUGGACGAGGCGAAGAUGCGCAGAUGCGUCGUAAGGGCUAGUUCAAGGCCACCACCGAAGGCCGGAGCUGC